CGUGAAUACUUAUUAAACUUAACUAUAGUGAGUGCGAAAGUGACAGCAAAAAACAAGUUGCAAAUGUCAAAUACAAAAAUUAAUUCUGUGAAAAUCUCCAAGCAAAAAGAAAAACGUAUUCACAAAUCCUUUGCAGCUUGUGGAUGUGCCGGAGAUGGAGUAUUUCGCCAGUCAAAACACUGGGGAGGUGUGCGUGCGCGGUUCUAACGUAUUCCACGGUUAUUACAAAGAUCCCGAGAAAACUGCUGAGGCUGUUGACUCUGAAGGCUGGCACCACACGGGCGAUCAUCGCAAACACAUUUUGAAGCUAAGCCAGGGCGAAUAUAUUGUACCGGAGAAGAUUGAUUGUACGUUUACGGAGAGAGCCUUAAGAGCUGCAUCAUAGCCGUCGUCGUGCCUGAUGUGGAUGUUCUCAAGCAGUGGGCGAACGACAAUCGCGUCAAGGGCACACUUUCGGUGCUAUGCAUGCAAUAAUCCACAAGUAAAAGAACUCAUGCUGAAUUGGGGUAAGCAGAGCGGACUGAAAUCCUUCGAACAGGUCAAGGAUAUAUAUUUGCAUCCCGAUCCGUUUUCGGUACAAAAUGGACUACUCACACCAACAUUCAAAGCGAAGCGGCCACAAUUGAACAAAACAGUGCGAGAAACCCCGUAGAGGAGUUAGAAGUAAAAUGCGAACAAUUUUAAACUUUAUGCGAAAAUAGAAAAAACAUUAAAUUGCUAUUUAUUUAAUUAGGCAUCAAUUUAAAU